CGGGCACGCGCGCGGCGACCGGGUUUAUAAGGACGAGGCGGGCGGCGCGCGCUCUCGUGGCCUCGCUGUCCGGCGGCGCCAACCGAAGCGCUGUCCCUGCUGCCGACAUGCUGCGCCGCGCUCUGCUCCGCCUGGCCCUGGCCCUGGCCGUGCUGGCCCGCGCGGGCGCCGCGCCCGAGGAGGAGGACCACGUCCUGGUGCUCAACAAGGGCAACUUCGAGGAGGCGCUGGCGGCCCACAAGUACCUGCUGGUGGAGUUCUAUGCCCCCUGGUGUGGCCACUGCAAGGCUCUGGCCCCCGAGUAUGCCAAAGCGGCCGGGAAACUGAAGGCCGAAGGCUCUGAGAUCAGACUGGCAAAGGUCGAUGCCACGGAGGAGUCAGACCUGGCCCAGCAGUAUGGCGUCCGCGGCUACCCCACCAUCAAGUUCUUCAAGAAUGGAGACACGGCUGCCCCCAGAGAGUACACAGCUGGCAGAGAAGCUGACGACAUUGUGAACUGGCUGAAGAAGCGCACGGGCCCUGCGGCCACCACGUUGCCCGACGGAGCUGCCGCGGAGGCCCUGGUAGAGUCCAGCGAGGUGGCCGUCAUCGGCUUCUUCAAGGACGUGGAGUCGGACUUUGCCAAGCAGUUCCUGCUGGCAGCAGAGGCCGUCGACGACAUUCCCUUCGGGAUCACGUCCAACAGUGAUGUGUUUUCCAAAUACAAGCUGGACAAGGACGGGGUCGUCCUCUUUAAGAAGUUCGACGAAGGCCGGAACGACUUCGAGGGGGAGGUCACCAAGGAGAAGCUGCUGGACUUCAUCAAGCACAACCAGCUGCCCCUGGUCAUCGAGUUCACCGAGCAGACGGCCCCGAAGAUCUUCGGGGGCGAGAUCAAGACGCAUAUCCUGCUGUUCCUGCCCAAGAGCGUGGCCGACUACGAGGGCAAACUGAGCAACUUCAAGAAAGCCGCCCAGGGCUUCAAGGGCAAGAUCCUGUUCAUAUUCAUCGACAGCGACCACACCGACAACCAGCGCAUCCUCGAGUUCUUCGGCCUCAAGAAGGAGGAGUGCCCGGCCGUGCGCCUCAUCACGCUGGAGGAGGAGAUGACCAAGUACAAGCCCGAGUCGGACGAGCUGACGGCGGAGAAGAUCACCGAUUUCUGCCACCGCUUCCUGGAGGGCAAGAUCAAGCCCCACCUGAUGAGCCAGGAGCUGCCCGAGGACUGGGACAAGCAGCCGGUGAAGGUGCUGGUGGGGAAGAACUUCGAGGAGGUGGCUUUCGACGAGAAAAAGAACGUGUUUGUGGAGUUCUACGCCCCGUGGUGUGGGCACUGCAAGCAGCUGGCUCCCAUCUGGGACAAGCUGGGGGAGACGUACAAGGACCAUGAGAACAUCGUCAUCGCCAAGAUGGACUCGACGGCCAACGAGGUGGAGGCGGUCAAAGUGCACAGCUUCCCGACGCUCAAGUUCUUCCCCGCCAGUGCGGACCGGACGGUGCGCUGGGCAGGCGGGCGGCGGGGGCCCUGGGAAAGGCUCCCCAGUCGUUGGCCGAGGGCCCUGUCAGCCGUGCUCCGCGUGCAGAGGGGACGCCAGAGUUGGUCCCAGGCCAAGAGGGUGUGGCGGCUGGAGGCUGCUGACUGGCAGGGCGAGGGGGAUCUGGAAGAUCUGGAGGAGGCAGAGGAGCCGGACCUGGAGGAGGACGAUGACCAGAAAGCUGUGAAGGACGAGCUGUGAGGUGGGAGCAGCCCGGCACCCCGACACCCCUCAGGCUGCUCCACAGCAGCCAGCCUCCGGGCUGCGCACCCUCCCGGGAGGACCGAGCACCCAUCGGAAAUGCAGGGAACUUCUGAAGCCACACUUCACGCUGACACUCGUGUACAUUGAAGCCCGUCUUCUGCUUCGUCUGGGAAAGGGCUUGUCUCCAGGCCAGCCCUCUGCGGGGCCUUUUUAAUUUGUGACGUCCUUUUUCGUACACGGUUUUGACCUGAGCGCUCGCUAAAAUGUUUUGGAAUCUCACGCUGCCGAUGUCAGCUGCCUGUUAGGUUGCUAUGCGAUCACUAGCAUCGUCUGUGAGAUUUUUAGGCAUUUUGGGACAUCGGGUUCGGUCCCACCCUGGCCGGGCCGCCCUGGAGACAGGCGUCCCCUGUGGGGGCGGCGGGCCAGGCUGACGGUCACUCACCUGGCAGUGUUGCCGGGACUGUGAGGUUCCCACACUGCCUGGUCAACGGAGACGUCAGGUCUCUCGCAGGGGCUCCCCAAGACAGAGGGCAGUGGGCACCCUGGGCCAGCACAGACACCCCCCUCCCCAAGCAGCACCCAGCUGGUCUGACAGCGUGGCCUGGCCCGCACCUCCCAGAGCCUGGCUUCCGUUCCCAUGGGGACAGCGCGGAAGCCGGAGCCCAUCAGCUGUCCCGUUCUUCCAGGCGUUUCUACCACAACAUUGGAGUUGAACACAUUGGCCAAAUAAAGUUGAAAUUUUA